GAUCGUAAUAAAAAGGGCACUGUGGCCAAGGUCAAUACUUAAUAGCUAUUUGUACAUUUUGCUACUGAGGAAAUCGAAUUCCUCACUCCCCACCUCCUUGCCUAAAUGGUCUUUUUGCAGCAAUUUGGGAAAAGGAAUGAUCGCCCAGAUUCACUUGGAACUAGGAUUCUUCAACCAGACAACACCAAUCUUCUGAGUUCUAGAGAGACCAGAAUGACUGCUUAAGGAGCUGAAGAUCUGAGGGGGACCCGACUCAACUCCACUGUGUGACGGUGCAAAUCUCGACCACCAGCGAAGACGCCAGAGUGUAGCACAAGCGCAGAAUUACCUGCUUCAGUCAGCCUCGGCAGUUGUCACCGUUGCUGCUGCUGCGUCCUCCUCCUUCUCUUCUUCCUCUUCCUCCUCCCUCCCCUUCCCCAUCUUCCCCACCCCCAUCCCUUCUCCACUCCUUGCAAACUCUGGAGCCGGAAAACCGAUUCCUCUCAGUCUUGCAUUCAGGGAGAUGAACAUGCCAGAGGAAACCUGCUCUAUUUAGGAAGAAUCCGAGGACUCUCCAUCAGGAGAAGUCAAGAAGACAGGGGUUAAAAUGAAUGAAGACCUGAAGGUUAAUUUAAGCUGGCUGCCUCAGGAUCAUUUAGAUGCCAGUUCUCCGGAGAAUGUCUCAGCUGCAGUUUCCUCCCAGAUUCCGGUCAUAGAACCAGAGCCAGAGCUCAUAGUAAACCCUUGGGACAUUGUUUUGUGUACUUCAGGAACCCUCAUCUCCUGCGAAAAUGCCAUUGUGGUCCUUAUAAUUUUCCAUAAUCCCAGCCUUCGUGCACCCAUGUUUCUCCUGAUAGGCAGCCUGGCACUCGCAGACCUAUUGGCAGGGAUUGGAUUGAUCAUCAAUUUUAUUUUUGCCUACCUGCUUCAGUCAGAAGCCACCAAGCUGGUCACGAUAGGACUGAUUGUCGCCUCUUUCUCAGCCUCUGUCUGCAGCUUGCUGGCUAUCACUGUCGAUCGUUACCUCUCGCUGUAUUAUGCUCUGACUUACAAUUCCGAAAGGACUGUCACAUUUACCUAUAUCAUGCUUAUAAUGCUCUGGGGAGCGUCUAUCUGUCUCGGACUGCUGCCUGUCAUGGGCUGGAACUGCCUCAAAGACGAAUCCACUUGCAGUGUGAUUAGACCUCUCACUAAGAAUAAUGCCGCUAUCCUUUCUGUCUCCUUCCUGCUCAUGUUUGCUCUCAUGCUCCAGCUAUACAUUCAGAUCUGUAAGAUUGUGAUGAGGCACGCCCAUCAGAUUGCCUUGCAGCACCAUUUCCUGGCCACAUCGCACUAUGUGACCACUCGAAAAGGAGUCUCUACCCUGGCUAUCAUUUUGGGGACCUUUGCCGCUUGCUGGAUGCCUUUCACCCUCUAUUCUUUGAUAGCAGAUUAUACCUAUCCCUCUAUAUACACGUAUGCCACCCUCCUUCCAGCUACCUACAAUUCCAUCAUCAACCCUGUGAUAUAUGCCUUCCGAAAUCAAGAAAUACAGAAAGCUCUCUGGCUUAUUUGCUGCGGCUGCAUCCCUUCCAACCUCUCCCAGAGAGCCAGGUCGCCCAGCGAUGUGUGAUGAUACACAGCCUAAGAGAAUGCUGGCCGCUUAACACUGUCUUUUCCAAACACUCUCACCGUCUAGUUGUUGGUUAGAUGCUCUCAUUUAUUUCUGUAUGUUGGAUCCAGCUCAGCCACAGGAGGCACUUAACGUUUCUCAAAGAAAACCUCAUUAAUCUAGAGGAGUUAAGUGGCUGGAGAAAGUGGGUUUCAAAAGAAUCAGUGUUUUUAUUCAUCUCUGUUGUAGUGUACUUUGCUCAGGAUUUUUGUUUGUUUGGGGGGGAGGGGUGAAAAAGGAUGGGUAGAUACCAUAAUUUCGACUAAGCAAGUCUAAACUAAUUUCUCAGUUGUCCCCUGAUUUUUAAAUGAACCUAGUCAGUAGGAGAAAAGAAGAAAAAAGAGAGAAAUUUAAAGAUCUUUUCCAGAAUUUUCAUUGAUUCAGAAAAUAAAUUCUCAAUUCUGUGUGUUUCUAAAGAAGAAAAAAAUCUUUUAAACCAAUAAGAGGUGGAAAGAGAAGUAUAUAUCAUUGUGACCUGAUUUCAUUACCUUAAACCCAAUUAUAAACUGCCAGAUUAUAUUUUAAAACCAUGGCCCAUUUAAAAAAAUGUUACUAUUGGUAACUACCAUCUACCAAGAAUUAAUUUUACAUUGCUGUGUUAUGACAUCUGCAUGGUUGUCAUUAUUAACUGAACCCUUAUAUCCAAAUAUUACCAUCUAAGUAUAGAGGAUAAACUAGCACAGUAUGUAGUCUGACAAUUUUCUUCUAAAAUUAACUGUGAAGCUCUUUUGGGCUUGUCGUUGAUAAAAGAUUGAUUUAAUCCAGCAAUUUUAGUAGCCAGAUUUUUUCCUUCCUAUUGUAUGAAAGGGAUGAUGUCAGGAAAUCAACUAAUGGAAAUAGAAGGAAAAAAUGUUUAUCAUAUGAAGAUAAGGACAUUGACAUGAAGGGCAUUGUGGGACAUACCCAUGCUGAUUUUCUUUUCUGUAUAAAUGCACUAACAGUCAUUUCCAGUUUUAAAAAUUUUGUUAGGAUUUUGAAUACUAUUGACUGAAUGUUUCUAGUUCAUAGUUCCAUGCUGCAAAAAUGCAUUUGAAUUGUGGUCUUCUGUCUUAAUGGUUGAUUCAAGUUAUGAGUGCACAUACAAAUCAGGUUGGAUGCUUAAUAUGAUUGUGAAUUUCCAAACUAUCAUGUAACCCUUCCUGAAAGGUGAAGUGUAAGUUGUUUUCUCACUAAAAAGGACAUUAAAUGCAAUAAAAUUAGGAUAUUUAUUUUCAAAAAGCAAGAUUUUCAUCAAAGUAAUUUAAUGGGGAAAGCAAUAUCAACUGUCUCAUAACUUAGUGGCAGGUUCAUGAGCAUUAUUUCCAUUAAUGUUGACAAAUACCAAGAGAACAAAUCCCCAGGCAGAGCAGUGAAAUUUUGGUUUUGUCUACACCCCCAACUGCAGAACUUUGAGACAACCAAUUGGCUCUGACCAUCUAUAUGGUGGUCUGAUAGGAAGAGCCAAUCCUUUGAGGCUUCUGCUGUUUGCAUGUCCCUGAAACUAGAGCACGCUGAUCUGUUUAAAUACAAGACACACUGUAAAUGAUUCUCACAACCAUACCGUGAUUGUGAAAAUAUUAUAGAAGUAGCCAAUAGAGCCAGUGCCAAUGUUAUUGCUUUGGUAAACCAGUAUUAGUAACCUGGCUACUUGAAUCAAUAUCUACUGUCACGGGCCAAUUAUGGAAUCCAGUGGAUAAAAAGCAACACUUCAGUGCUUUGUAAUGCACAUUAUUAUGUGACUUUAAAUACUGUAUACUUAGGGGUAGGGGUGGGAACUUCAUCCCAUGCAUGGAAAAUCUAAAUAUUUAGAAAGUUGAUAAUUGGAUUGUGAAUUUUUUUUUUAUUAAGUAGCAUUCAUUAUGAACUGAAUAAGAGAACAGCAAAAGUAAGCUGGCUUCAUAGUUGGCCUGGGAUGACUCCUUCUGGACCAAGAUUUAACAGCAAUGAUGUGUCAUACUUUGAUGGAAAACUCUAUCAUUUAUCUGCUUACUUCAAUGUCAUUUCAAGGAUCCUGGUUGUGUUAGAAUGAAUGCAGCCUCCACAGAUGCAUAUGGCAAUUCUUCAUUUGCCAUGACUUUAAAAACAAACAAAAAAACAACCCUUCAUUCCUUAGUGGCCAACCUGAUGGUUAUAAUCUUCUCUGAACCUAAUUGGGCUGGUCCUUUGCUGACCCAAAGUUUUUUCUAGCUUAGUAAGAUGUUCCAGGGCUUCUACACCCCAUUAGACUACAGGGAACAGGUUAUUGCCAAACCAUAAUGAGGUAGGAUUCAGUGAAGAUUACAUCUCUUGCUUAAAUUUGAAUGUAGAUAAACUGAUAAAAGCAUCUCAUUUUUUCAGAAUUCACCGAAAACAUUAUAAGUAAUAAUAGUUGUAAUUUUAAAAUUGUGUAUACUUGAAAAAAAUCACCAUUUUCCAUUUACCUUCCUAAAUAAAUGUUAUCUAUUUUGAGAAUGUGAAGAAGCUGGUUUUGUUUACCAUUUGCAAAGUAGCAUCAGACAAGAUAUUUAUUAAUGUGCUUUUAAAGUCAUCAUUUUAGAAUGAAAUUGAAAUGAGCACUAUGUGAUACCUGACCCAUACCUUUCCUGUAGUCCCAUCCAAGGAUAUCUAUAUGAAUACUGUAACAUUUUAGCAUCAGUUGAUUGAAUGAAAACACUUUUGUACCUACAGCUUCUACCUUUAUCUGUUUAUUUAAUUUCAUGUUAACAGAAACUCAGCAGUAUUCAGUAGUAGUCAUAUUAUUUAUUUGGACCAAUUUUAACAAUAGGAGAAAGAGGAGGAGGAGGAGGAGGAAGAAGAAGACAAGGAGGAGGAGGAGGAGGGCAAGGCAGCUAGUUUUAGUGUCCAAUUCCUGCUAAGUGAUUUUUCAAAUCAAAAACAUUAACUAUGAUGUUUAUUUUAAUUUUUUUCAUGGUUUCAAAGUACUGAGUGUGUAUAUCUUCUGUGUGUAUGAAUGUUUGUGUUUCAACAGUUUACCUGAUAGUUCUAACUUUCUAUCACAACUAAUACAUCAUUUUUUAUAAAUUAUGCCUACACUGUCUCUGAAACAAGAGAUCAUCCUUUUCUGCUAUGCUGUCCCAAUUUCUAACUAUCAAGUAAGAAUGUUAUAUGUGUUUUUAACAGUAACAGUUCAAAAUUCCAUUGAAUUCAGUUACCUUUGCCCAACCUUCAUUUAAUUGCCUUCUGACUGCCUAUUUGCUUCUCUUUUUCUUUUGGCUCCUGUUGUUUUUUGUUUUUGUUUUUUAUUAUUCACUUUCACUGUUUCAUCAGUACUGUGGACCAAGGAAAUAAAUAAAAAUGGAAGCCAAUUCAGUAAAAUUGAAGUCUUGUAAGCAGUUCCAAUAAAUUAUUAGUGGGAAAGGAAGAAAUGAUUAGCCAAAAUUAAUUUAAAAUAUAGAUAGAUAUGUACAUAUGUGUAUAUAUUUAGUUUGUAUUUAUCCAGUCUGCCCUUCUAAGUCCAAGAAGUGUUUUUGUUGAGGGUUUAAAGCAAAUAUGAAAAUAUGAACAAUUGUAUUCCAGUAGCUGGAUUAUCUGCUAUAUACAGAUUAGCUGCAUUACAACCUGUACUGAAUUCAGUGUUUUCAUAUAGUUAGCCUUAAAGAUUCUUUCGAUUUUCCUAAUGUUCAAAGUGUCAAGAUUCACAUAACAUAUUUCUUUUUUAAAAGCAUUACGGUCCCUUCUAAUGGAAACUGCAAAGCAGAAUCAGUCAGAGCAAUAGAGAGAGAGGUAGCAAUAAUAGAGUUAGGAAAAUGUUUAUGUGGGAUUCCAGGUAUAUAAAGGAUUUUGACAGACGUGUGUUCCUUUGAUGUUAGGCAUUAGUGACAUUACAAACUCAAAAUGGACUGAAACAACUUUCCAGGAUCAUUGGUAUUUUGAGCAUUUAUUGAAACGUAAAUACUGUGUUUGUACAUGUGUGUGUGUGCAUGGGUGUGUGUAUGUAUGCAUGUGCAUGUGUGUGUGUGCGUGAAGACUCCCCCUCCAUCCCCAGGGCAGAAAGUUGGUUUAGGGAUUCUAUUAGUACAAAGCUGAUUAAAGCGGAACUUUACAUUCUUAUUCACGGUUCCCAUAGUACCUUGUGUUUCUGUAAAAUGUUUUGAUUAGUCAUAGUCUUAUCCAUGGCAUAAACUGAAUUUAGCUGUCUAGGGCUGCUUUAAAGCCACUUUUAAUUAUCAUAUAAUGAUCCUGUUGGCUAUCCAGACAUUUCCUGAAGGCUUCACACAAUUCAGCAGCACAGUUGGCAGCCUGAGUAAGCUCCACACCUCGGAGAAGUGUCAAUACAGGUCAGAACUAGAGCCAGGGAGGGAAGUUUCAGCCAUAGGUACUGGCACUGCUCUUGACUCUAUCUUAUGAGAAUCAUUUCAUUUUUCUAAGGAUUACACAUUUAAAUGGGAGAAAAAAGAAAAGCAAUUAGUGAAAACUAGAGGCGUUCCUUUUUUUUUAAAUGAUGUCCUCAAGGGCAACAAAUCUGAAGUACUUAUCUGGAGUCUAGCCCCCAAACCUACUGUUUUUUUCUUUUUUUAAGUGGGCUUUUAUUCAAAGAUAUUCACAUUAUCUACACUGGUAUAGAUAUGAGAUCGGGUUCUCCUUUCUUUUUCCAGGGAGAAAAAAUACUCUUUUUUUUGGCGGUAGGGAAUAAGGAUGGGAACAAGAUAUCUUCUUCAGGCUCUCCUCUAGGAGUAGUACAGGGACAGUGCCAUUUCCAUUGAUUGGUCUUCUGUAGUGUUCCUGGUCUUCCCUAGAAAAAAAAAAGCCUGCCCAUAAAUCAUCACAUGGAGAAAGCCACCAGGUGUCUAGAGUGUAAUGGUGACCAAGUGAUUUUCCAGGGGUGACUGGGUGCCCAGCCAGAUAUCCCAGAGAAGAUUAGAAGGCAGAAAGCAUGGCUUAUCUUCUUUCAAAGUCAGUGGCUUCUUUUGGAGAACUGCGCUCUCCACCUUAAUUUGGAGACAGAAAUGCAAUCUUAGAUUUUCCCAGAUUUCUCUUUCAGAAACCUAAUAAGGAAACAUGGAGUUUAAGAGACUCCUUAAAGCAGGUAGCUUGCCAGUAAACAAAAUUUUGCUAUAUAUGGGUGGAUUAAUAAAAAUUGAGAUGGUGACGCAUUUUUAAAAUAAUAUGAGAGCACUUGGGGAAAAAAAAUAAAGUGGGAAAGUUCAUUUUGGAUUCAGGAAGACCUUCAUUCAAAUCGUGCCACUGACACACAUGAGCUACUACUAUGUGUCAGUGACUCUUGGCAAUUCUCUAAGGCUUGACCUGAGUUGUCAAUAUGAAUUGUUGAAGGGAGUUUACACACUGGGAGUUCCCCACAGAUGAACUCAUGAGUCUAGAGCAAAAAAACUCUCACCCUGAUAAAAUCUUAUGUCAUAGAGAAGAGUGAAUAUAUCACUAAAAUGUUUAAAUUAUUAAAUGUAAUGUUUAUAUUAAUAUAUUUAUAUACAUUUAAAAUUUUAAAAUACUAAAAGUAUUGAAUUUAAAUUACUAAAUGAUUAGUAUGGUUUCAUUUAGAAGAGUUUUAAAGGUAGCACCUUUAAUUCUUUGACCUUAAUCUUUGAUAUCAAAACUCAACAAGUUGAUUGGUCCAACCUUAGCCCCUAAAAAUCCAACAAUUUUUAUGUCUGUUUGUUGUGCCUGGGCCCUCUAAAAUUAUUAAAUUGCCAGGUCUGACUUACCAGGAGAGCAAAGACAGAUUUUGAACUACCAAAAACCCUUCUACUGUUUGAAACUAUCUGGCAAACAGUCUUUGAAGGAAAAUUAAUUAUAAUUUACUUGGUCAAGCCUUUAGGCUUCCUUCAGGUAUAGUUUACAAUCUUGUUUCCUCUUGUCAGAAAGUCGAUAAACAAAUAUUCUGACUUGAGAAAUAUGAUGAUCAUAUAUUGUCUACUUCCCAAGAGCAAAACAUGGAGCUCAAGGGAUUAAGCAACCUUGAACUGUUUCUGUUAGUAUAUAUUUUUUACCAGACUUCUGAGUUCUACUAUCUCAGAUGUGGCCAAAUUAGGUCCACUAAAAUGGCAAGUCCUAAACUUAAACAUGUAUUUCUCUUGACAGGCCAGCAAUUUCUUUUUCAUCGAGUAAAAUUUCAAAGUAGAUGGUUUUAAAGAAAGAAAAAUGCGAUUUUUAAAUUUGGAAGUAAAAUGCCAAUUGGCUAGAAUCUCUUAUUGUAUUCUAUUAGCCUCGAUGAAUGUAGAAAAUGCCACAUGAAUGAAACAUAAAACCAUCUUUGACUUUAUUUCAAAAGACUUUAUUUUCUCCUUCCUGUCCUGAAAUUCUCAACAUCAACUGCAUAGCAAAUUCUCCCAGUCAAAUUUAGUUAAAACCACAUUAUCUUAAAGUUUCUGAAAUUUUGGAAAUUGUAUAUGUAUACAUAUACAUAUAUACACAUACACCCACACAGAAGGGAUGGGGGGAUAGGGGGAAGUGGUGGAUGCAGAAUCAAAAGACCUGGAUUUUCUUUUCAGUUUUCUUCUUUAUAAAGUGAACCUCUAAGUUUAGGAUGUUCAAUCAUGUGUUUAUUGGACAAAUGCAAAUAUUCUUAACCAAACUCUGACUUGGCUCUUUUCUCUGGCUUUCUCCAUUGGACUAGAUAGUCUAAGUCAACCAUUUACACUUGUUCAACACAAAUCUGUUGACUUUUUUUUGCUCAUCCUUGGCUUGUCCAUCUAAGCCUAAGAAAUUGCAAAACAAAGUUUGCCUCCAUUUUGAAUUAUUCACAUAACACCUCAUGGAAGGAAGGCACACAUUUGUCUAGGGAUGGACUAAGCAGCCUCUAAAGGCUAUUGCAACUUUGAGUUUCUAGAAUUCUAUUUAUUUCCUUUCUUACUCACUUUCCCCAAAAUAAUAUUCAUCAUAAUAACUCUAAUGGUAAUAAUUUGGGGGGCAGUUGCUCUUGAAUGAGGAGGGGAGAAGAGUCUGUUUAGAUGAAAGGAGACAGUGAGUGUUGUUAAAAGAGCACUGAAUCUAGGUUUAAGUUCCAUCAGUGACAUUUAUUUCCUGUGUGGUCUUAGGAAAAACUUCUCUGAGCCUCAGUUUUCUUCAUCUAUAAAAUGGAAAUAAUAUUUGCAUUACCUGCCUUACAGUAGUGGAUUAUUUUUUAGGAAAGCACUAUUCAAAAUGUGAAUUUUAUUGCAAAAUAAAAUUCAUCAUGGCAUUGAUUAAUAAUGUCAAGUAACGUUUUGAGAUAUUAGUUGUGAAACAUUUAAAAGUAUCAUUUUGGAGUAAUAAUUUCUGUAACAAUGUUAAUUGGUUGAAACAAACCUCUUCAUAAGAGAGUUGAACCCAAAUUAAGCCCAUGCAAUUUAAGUAACAUGCUUUAAGCCUGGGGAGUCCUGAUUUGUUUUACUGUUACCCUUAUGCCUACCUCUUAAGUGAAAUUUGUAUAGGUCCAAUGUUUAUAACCCCAUGCUUUAGUUAGUAAGCAUUCACAUCUUGGCAGUUUCUUUGAAAAUUAAUUCCUCCAGUGACUUGCAAAGAGAGAACCAGUUAUAUUUUCAUCUAAAAGAACCCUCUAAGUGUCAUAGAUUCAGGUUAAGGGAGAGUUAUAAAGCAGAGACACAAGGGACUUAUACAGAUGACUUAAAGAAAAAAAAAUAUGAGCAAAAAAGUGAUUCAAAGUGGAGCUUAAUGCCUAAUUACAAGCAAUAUAUAGCAAAAGGACCUGAACUCAGGGCAGAAGUAGGUUCUGGUUCUAAUUUUGUCAAUAACUAAUUGGAUAAACCAUACUGCCUCCAGGUCUUAGUUUUCUCAUCUGUGUAAAAUGAGAGAAAUGGAGGAGAUAGUCAAUCCUUAAGGUUGAUUCAAUGUCAGCAUCGCGUAUUAAUUUUUCCCCCAAAACAAAGUCUUCAAAAUAUAUUAUUUUCCUAAUCCUAAGAAAUAAAAAGGCAGCUAACAUCAGUGGACAUAUCCCCAGUAGUUAACUAGCAUUCUUGUGUAGUGGAAAGAAAAUGUCUCCCUUAGAAGCAGAUUUUCCUGUGAAUUAAUUGUCUGAAUGAGCAAUCACAAGUAGGAUAUUUUAAGAGACAGAAAUGGCCUUUAAUGUAAUUCUUUGAAGGGCUUGAUUUUGUUGUCCUCAAAAAGAUUCCAUAGAUGGGGGAUUCUGAUUUGGUUCUGAAAAAAGAGUAAUCGCCUCUGGCUGGAAACCCAUUAGGACAGAUAGAAUCAGAGACCUGGAAUGGAUUUUUUGGGGUCAUUUGCACUAAACCUAUGUCACCCAAGACAUAUGGUUCUCUAACAAAAUAUUUCUGAUGAACAAGAUUCCACGUGUCCUCUCAAUGUCAAGAAAUGUUUUUUAGACUCAGGCCAAAUAUCUGUUAUGGCAAAUCCAGUUUUUCCUUGUUCUAAUCUCUCUAAAGAUGGAGCAUAAUUGGCUAGCUUUUUCUCCACAGCAACUAUUCAUAUAUUUGAAUACAUUUUUCAACUAUAUGUCAUCCUUCUCUUCUUCAGACUAAGUAAUCCCAACUGCUUCAGUCUUUAUUCUAAUGGAUUCCAUUUUCAUAUUUUUUUUUCAGCACUUUCCAGACUUUUUACAAUCUUGUGAUUUCCCCUCCUUCAAAUGUGGGCAGCAAAGUUAGACAUAGUAACCCAGUAAAUAUAAUAUAAUAGGUUCAUUUCUUAUAUUCUACAUAUGAUAUAUCAUCUUGAUAGAUAUUAUAUAUUUAUGUGUAUGUAUAUAUAUACAUAUAUAUAUAUAUGCACAUACCUAUAGAUAUUUAAGCCCUUCACUUCCAUCUUCAAAUCAAUACUAGGUAUUAGUUUCAAGGCAGAAAGGUGGUAAGGGCUAGACAAUUGGGAGUAAGUGACUUGCUCAGGGUCACACAACUGGAAGCAUCUAAGGUCAGAUUUGAACCCAGCACCUCCCAUCUCCAGGCUUGGCUCUCUAUCCACUGAGACACCCAGCUGCUUUGAUCUCAUAUGAUAUAAUAUCUGAGUCUGUACUCCAGUACAGUUGUCGGUCAGUCAUCUUUCAGUCAUUUCCUAUUCUUUGUGACUCUACUUGAAGUUUUCUGGGCAGAGAUACUGGAGAGGUUUGCCAUUUCCUUCUCCAGUUUAUUUUCUCUAUGAGGAAAAUGAAGCAAGCAGGGUUAUGUGACUUGUCCAGAAUCACUCAGCUAGUUAGUUUCUGAGGUCAGAUUUGAGCUCAGGUCUUCUUGUCUCCAGGCUUUGUGUUCUAUCCAUUGCAUCACCUAGUUGUCCCAGUACAGAGACCUCUCCUAUUUCAUUACUGCUCACAGAUACCUAUUGAAGGUGUAAACUCUACAACUGCCUUCAGCUAUUCUUCCUUCUCUCUAAAUAUCACCACCUUGAUCUAUUGGCCCAUGUCAAAGAAUAGCAGACAAGAAUAAGGACACCCAAGGGUGUAGGACACAACAAAGAUGCUCUCAUGGUGCAUUGGUGUUCCUGGGGACAGGCUGGUAGGAAAACAAAUGUUUUACACACACACACACACACACACACACACACACACACACACCUGGAUUAUUAUUGUAUUAUCCAUUUUUCAACUGGUUCUUACAGGCUUAUUUAUAGUUAUGAUGGCCAUAUUGCUACUCCUUAAUAGAAAAUUAAUAAAAAAAUUUAAACUUAUUUCAGAUUUGGGAUUCUACCCAUGAAAUAGAAAUAAAUAACUCCCUCCACUUUGAAGUAGUUAUGGCAAUAUCAGAUUAAUUGCUAAACUGUAAUACUCCCUUUACUCCAUUAGCAAAUGGCUUUCAUGAAUUGUGGUAACUGUGACAGGAUAAAACCAUUUCCCACUGGCUCAUCUCCAAGCUGGUCAUGAGUCGUGCCAUCUUGGUCCUUCAAUGACAGAUGAACAGUCAGUCAUGGUAUCUGCAUCUGAACACUUUCCCAUCUGAUAGUAAAAUCAUAAAAUCAUAGUUUUACAGAUGGAAGGCACUUCAGAGGGCAAAUAGUCCAGCCUCCAUGGUUUACAGCUGAGAUAACUGAACUCCAGAGAGGAUAAAGUACUGAGACAUGGAGGCAGGAAAAUCCGCAUUCAAAUCUUGCCUCACUCACUUGGUAAAUAACCCUGUGCACGUCACUUAGUUUUUCUAAAUCCGAGUUUCCUUUUUUAUAAAAUAGUGAUUAAAUGAUAGCAAUUUCCUUAGAUAACUUGGGUCAAGUACUUUGAAAACCUUAGAAGGAGCUCUUCCACAAGGUCAUAUAGCUGAUGGAGGCAAGCUUUGAACCCAGAUCUUAUGACUUCUCAUGUGCCACUUGCUCUAUUAGAAUUUUCCUGGUAUGAAUUUUGAGAAUCUAGAGUUAUCUCCAUAUAAUUAUCAUGUGUAAGUAGAGAAUAAUAAUGGAAAUAAACUAAGUAUAUACCUAGAUAGUUUAUCAUCUAAUGGAUGUUGGUGAAGAUUAUCCACAGGUUACUCAGUGAGACCUUAAACUUAUUCAUCAGACCUUGUUGGUAUGAUGGAAAGAGGACCAGAUUUGGUGGUCCAAAUCUGUGUCUUGCCAUUAAACUACCUGUGAAGUCUAAAGUAAAGGAAUUUCCCCUUUUCUGAAUCUCAGUUUUCUUAACUGCAAAGUGAGAAGGUUUUCUGUGGUCCCUUCCAACUCUUAACUCAGACCCUGAAGGGAAUGAUAUUUAGUGGCUUCAAGUUCAACUUCUUCCCAAAGAAGGACAAACUACUCUUGCAAUGAUGCACCACAAAGUCAGCCACUUAUCUCCCCAAAAAGGUGAAUAAAUCAUGUCCAGAACCCUGAGAGAAUAAAAGUACCAGUGUUGGUCAAUGAAUUUGUGUGCAAAGGAAAAAAAUCUUUUUUUAUUGUAAAUGAAAGAAAAUUAAAUGGGAAAAGUUAUAGCAUAAUCCCUCAAUUCUAACAGCAAAUGGUUUAUUUGGAGAGGAACUAGUUGGGCAACAUGCCACAGUAGAAAGAACCUUGGAUUUAAAUUACUACCCAUAACUGAUGAGAACUUGAAACACUGGUUACUUAGACCCUUAGUAUCUAUCAAAUGAGAAUGUUGGAUCACUCAGGUCCCUCCCAACUCUAAUCUAUAAUAUUUACAAAGAUAAAUACAAGGUAUUAUGAUUGAAGGGCAGAGAAAAUAAGUGAUCUUGUUCAGAGAAAUGGGCCAUGAUUGGGUCAGAACUAUCAGGGAAGGUUUUAUGAAAAAGUUUUAAAAUGAACCUUGAAUGGAAAAAUGACUUGGAUAAGGGGAAGGAUGAGGAAAUGGAGGGAAAUGCAAGAAAAAGAGAAAAUAAAAAGGCCUAGCAACAUGAAUAUAUAGGACUUAACCAGGGUCACACAGUUAGUAAAUAUCUCAGGCAGUAUUUGAACUUGGGUCUUACUGACUCCAAGCACAACUCUUUCACUAUACCAUGAUUUUAAAAUUAGAUUGGAUAUUAGAAGUUCCAGGUAGUAUGAAAAGACACAAACUAAGAAAAUCGAUGGUCAGUUUUCUGCUUCCCCUUCUGAAAAAAAAAAAAAAACACCUUUGCUACAAAGGGAUAUUUUUAAAAAGAAACUAUUGAUUUCCUAAAUAGUAUUGAAUGGAAAUAAAGCAUAGAGAAACUAUUUCUAUUUGGCCAAAUUUUUACCCAUUUUUAGAAAUGACAGUCUCUGUUCAUAUCUAUAUUUAUAUCAACUGAAAGUCUAUAUUCUGACAGUCUAUACUCAUAUCAAAUGAAAGAUACUAUUUGGUUUAAUUCAUUUUUAGAAAAGUUUAGAUUGAAAAACUCAUCUGAUAAACAAAUCCUGGCAGGAUUUUUUGUUUUUUUGUUCUUAACUUAAACUCUCUUAUAAUGAAGUUUCUGGGUUUGGCUACAGACAAGCUCAGGUAAAAAUGUGCUGUUUCAGUCAAUAUAUUCCAGUCCUCUCUGUGCCUAUGUAUGUAUGUAUGUAUGUUCAUGUGUGCAUUUACUGUAUUUGCACUUUGUUUAAGGACUGUGCAUAAAAUCUUUUUUUAAGGACUUAUAAAAUUGAGGAUAAUGUGUAUUUGUAUUUCCCUGCAUGAGUAAGGGAUCAAUAAUCUUAAACUUGGAAAUAAAAUAAUGGGAGAGUUUUCUAUAUAAAUAAUUUUUAAUGGCAAACAAUGUAGGAGGGAGGGAAAAAGUGAUUUAAUCUAGAAACAUUGUCAGGUCUCCUAUCAGAUCAUUUUUCCAAGUCAGCAUGUCAAGUCAAUUUAACAGGCACUUAUUAAGUGAUUACUCUGCUAGGAACUGUAAAGUAAUUGAUAUACAGAGAAAAUACAAAAAGAGUCCCAUAUCCUCAAGAAGCUUAAUCCCUAACAGGGAAAGCAGCAUGUAAAUAACUCAUAGCACAUAUGAUAUAGAGAGUAGAUGGAAGGUAAUAUGGGAGAUAAAGACACAAGCAAGUAUUAAAUAAUCCCAUAAUAAGGAUUUCUAUUUUUUUUUAAAAUCAGCAUUCUUACAUGAAUUUAGAAAAUGUACAGUUUGCUUUUGGUAAUUGUACUUGUAUAUAACAUAACUAGGGUCACCAAAAACUACCCUACAACUUUUUUCUAACUUUUAAAAAAAGUCACGUUUUUAAAACCCCAGAAUAUUUAAGUAACAAAAUAACUCAAAAAUGCAACAAUAAAACAUUUUUAAAAAUACAUAAGAUCAGAUUUAAUUUUAGAAUAAAGGAAACCAUCAUCAGUAUCCUCUGUGUCUUUUGACUCUACUAAACAAUUAACUUUAAUUUAUUAGGGAAUGCAUUUCUUUUAGAAACUUUGAUUCUGAUCCUCUUAACUUAUAAAACAGACUAAGGAUAUUUAUUUAUUUUUCAAACUGACUCUAUCCCCUAAAAGAAUUUUGAUGAGCCUUUUUGUGACUAAUGAGUUCCCUUCAAGCACUUAAAAUGCUCAGUUUACAAAAAAUAAAUUUUAACACAACUUUUCAAGAACAUAGAUCUACUGUAUAAACCAACAGAGAAUUGUUAGCUCUCUGUGGAGAGUUGAUGUCUCAAUAGAGCCCCGAUGGAAUUGGGAAAGGGAGAUGGGGUUCACAAGCCCCCAAUUUCCUAUCAAUUGCAUGGCAGUUACUUCUUUCAUCAGAUUUAGAGCACAAAGCAAUGUCCACCUUACAUGGGAUAACCUUGUCCUUCCCAACCUCAAAGGCCAGUUAACAUUUUCUUUAAAGAAUGGGGAUAAUGGACUGGCAUAUUGUUUGGCCAUGCUUCAGAGGUCUCUCUCGGUCCGGCGGUGUUAAGCCUUCUUCCUCCCGGCUUCCCCUUCAAUCAGGCUGGCCUGGAAAUGACCACAUGUAUGUGAAGCAUCAUUGAAUUUACUGGCUUCCCAAACCAAUCCAAAGCAAUGACUUGUUUCUCCUGAAGCCAAGAUGGCAGACUCCCUUAGUUAAAUUUCAUCACUGAAUGGAUUUAGUUGAGUUUCGUAAACUAAAGGUAGCUCAUCUCUAUGGAUUGGUCUCUUGAAAUAUAUCCCCCAAGUCUUUCAUAGGCUCUGUACCUUUCAUCCUUCCUCUGUCAAAUGGAAAAAGCUCACAUCUGUAAGAUGUUCAUCCUUGACUAUGUUCCAAAAUCUGCUACUCCCUUCAGAACUGAAACUAGACUUUUCUUUCAUGGCUCCUUGAGACCAAUUCAGAAAAAAACAAGAGCUUAGACUAGCAGCCUUGUUUUCCUUUUCUACACUAGCUUCCUGCAAGAGUCUCUUCAAACCCCCAAUGGACCAUCAGUAAUGGUCACAACUUCAAGUGUUUGGGAUUUUUUUCCCCUUACAGUGGCAAUGAUUUUUAUAAAAAUUGGGGGAGGGCUGGAUAGAUUUACAUUGAUCUUUUAGGGUAAUCUUUGCCAUUCUUGUCAAGUAGAUACAUUUCCAUGAAGCUGGUUUAGAAGUGAAAAUUGUAACUCUAAGUUCAAAGCUUCUGUUUUAUUGAAGGCUUGCUAGGUGAAUCUAGUAUAAGCCAAAAGAAUCAAAUUAGAAUUUCUAUCAACAUCGCAGGUGAAGGAAAAUUGGUUUGGUCUUUUUCUUAGGCCUGGGUCAACCUAGAAUUCACUGCCAAUAAGUAAUAGACAAAUUUGUGAAGUUAUUUCACAGUAGAAUAAUUUUAUCCUUGGAAAUUUGUGAUUUCAUAGUUCCUCCUUUCACUUCUGAAAUGAACUGGGAAGAGUAAGAGAUAAAUCUUAAUGUUAUCAACUGGUGCUCAUUAGAGGAUGAGCCUACCUUAAGUGAAUUCAUUGUGAGGCUUACCUAUUUUAAAGUGGUUAAGCAAGCACAGCCUAAUGGAGAAGCUUUUCUAACCAUACCUAGUCUUAAGAAUGAGAUUUGUUUAAUUCUUUAGUUUAUUUUUCUGCAUGUACCUACUAUAAGAAACUGCUGUUCACAAAAACAAAAACAAAAAUCAACCUUUCACUAAUUUUUGUGAAGACCAUUUUACACCAACUCCAUUUUUAAAAGUAAUUCUUAUGCUUUGAACUAAAGAAUAAUUUGAAAGUGGGCUGAAAUUCAAAAGAAAAUUUUAAGAUACUAAGUGAUGCUAUUUACCUUAGACUGAAAACUUAAAGCUAUGGAUAGAAAACAACUGGGUUUCUUGUAACAGACAAGAUAACUAAUUAAUGCACUUUAUUUUAAUUUUUAAAAGGCACAAUUAGUACUCUGUUAAUAAAAAUGUUUAACUUGCACUGCACUGUGGGGAUCUGCUGUUGAACUGAUCAUGUACAGUUUUAUAGUCAGUCUUGUAACUGCCUAAUCAUAAACUAUUGAAAUAGUUGUCGUUUGGGGCUUAUGUAGAUUUUAUAUGUGGUAUGUGUAAUGACAAUAAAUCUGGCUUGGUAAAACAGCUGUGAA